UUUGUAGGGCCUGGAUGUCUUGGAAAUUAUGAGAAACAUUCAUAUAUUUGUAUCUCGAUACCUCUAUAAUCUCAAUAAUCAAAUUUUUAUUGAGCGAACAAGUAAUAACAAACAUUUGAACACUAUUAAUAUUCGGCAUAUUGCUAAUUCAAUUCGAACACACGGCACAGGAAUCAUGAAUACAACAGUCAAUUUCACCUACCAGUUUUUGAAAAAGAAGUUCUAUAUAUUUAGCCAAUUUAUGUAUGAUGAACAUAUCAAAUCCAGAUUGAUUAAAGAUAUUCGGUUUUUCAGGGAAAUCAAGGACCAGAAUGAUCAUAAGUAUCCUUUUGAAAGAGCAGAAAAAUUCAAUCGAGGCAUCAGAAAACUUGGAAUAACCCCAGAGGGACAAAGCUACCUUGAUCAGUUCAGGCAGCUUAUCAGCCAAAUUGGUAAUGCUAUGGGCUAUGUACGAAUGAUAAGAUCUGGUGGCCUUCAUUGUAGCAGCAAUGCCAUUAGAUUUGUACCUGAUCUUGAAGAUAUUGUAAAUUUUGAAGAACUAGUCAAAGAAGAAGGUCUUGCAGAAGAAACAUUAAAAGCAGCAAGGCACUUGGAUUCAGUCCUCAGUGAUCACACACGAAAUUCUGCUGAAGGCACAGAAUAUUUCAAAAUGCUUGUGGAUGUUUUUGCUCCAGAAUUUCGAAGGCCAAAGAAUAUACAUCUCCGAAAUUUCUAUAUCAUUGUUCCCCCUCUGACCCUCAACUUUGUAGAGCAUUCCAUUAGUUGCAAGGAGAAAUUGAAUAAAAAAAAUAAAAUCGGAGCUGCCUUUACUGAUGAUGGCUUUGCCAUGGGGGUGGCUUACAUUCUGAAGCUUUUGGAUCAGUACCAGGAAUUUGACUCGCUUCACUGGUUCCAGUCUGUUAGAGAGAAAUACCUGAAGGAGAUGAGAGCAGUUGCUAAGCAACAGAAUGUACAGUCAACUAGUCAGGAUGAAAAACUACUACAAACCAUGAAUCUCACUCAGAAACGACUGGAUGUUUAUCUGCAGGAAUUUGAAUUGCUGUAUUUCUCACUGAGCAGUGCAAGAAUUUUCUUCAGGGCUGACAAGACUGCGGCUGAAGAAAACCAAGAAAAGAAAGAGAAAGAAGAAGAGACUAAAACAAGCAAUGGAGACCUGCCCGACAGCACUGUGUCUGCAGACCCUGUUGUCAAAUGAUACUGAUGGUGUGCGUUGCCCCUGUGAGAUCAUCAGAAUCGUAUGUGAAGUGGAUGUUAUAAGCUAAUAACAGAGUGUUUCCUGGGCUGCAUCUCUGGGAAACAUUUAGAUGCUGCAUCUCUCUAAGGCAGUGCUCUAAAGUGAAGUCCAUUCUCCGUCUAAAAGCUGUACUUUUCGAAGGUUGAGAAUGAGAUUUUAAAAUAAGAUUUUUUUCUUGGACUUUAGGCUUGAUAUGCCUGCUUGGGAAACCGGUGUUUGAAAUGAAAUGUUAGAGGGGUUUACCCACAUUCCUAAACUGCCACCUCAGAUCUCUUAUAAUCUACAUGAAUGUUUAUAAUUUGUAUUUGCAUAGGUCUUUGGUCCGUAUUUGUCUCAGUCAUUGGAAAUUCAGUGCAUAUACUAUGUUCAGCCAGUAAAUAUGUUUAAACAAAAGGAAUUGAGCCUGAAAUUCAUGAAGCAUACAUACCAAUAUUCUUAUAAAAGGGAUAUAUGAAGAUGGUAUUGAUACUAGAGGUGAGGCACUAGUGUAUUCUUUAUGUACAGUGUGAACUGGUUCAUUGUUAAUUUCAUGUGACUCACAAGAGCUGCUGCUGUCCAGUGAGAAAUUUUAUAACUCGUUUACAUUGCUUUGAGAACUUAUUUAACCUCCAACAACUGCUUUAAAUUUAAGAUUUACUUAAUACUCAAGAUGGAGGAAAAUACAGAUAAAGCCAUAGAUUCCUGCUUGACGCUUUACAUUUGGCUGAAGGCAUAUUUAUACCAGAGAAAACUGAAUGAAUUCUUACUUCUACAUCCAAACUCAGGUUUCUUCUACAUUAGGUUCAGUUGAAGUCUUGGUGAUGGUUUGGGCAGAUUUUUUUUCUUUAAACCAAGUAUAAUCUAAGAAAUCAGAUUUAGCACUGUGCAGGCUUUAAAAAAAUUACCACUGUGAGAAUGAAGUUCUAAAUAACUAAAUCAUUUACUGAUUUAAAAAGUACAGAAAGAUUUAGAGUAAAUUUAGUUCCGGACAAGCAAUUAUUAGCUUUAUUUUUGUAAAGAUUAUAUCAGUUAAUAGUAAAACAGUUAAUCAUGGCCUAUAAUAUUUUAAUAUAAUGAUACCUUUACAGUGAAAACAAAGUUUGAAAUUUUACAUGUAAUACUAAUGUUAUUUUAGGAAAUACUUGAUUUUUCCAUUGCACUUGCGCAUAAAGCAUUUCUUUGGGUAAAUUUUGGGAGUAAUUCUAACAUUGUUUGAUUUCCAGCUUUUGGAAUGGGUGUACAAUGCCCUGUCUGUUCUCAUUGAUCACAGUCAGGGUAGCUUUCCCAGCUCAAAAUAAACAUUUUCACUGUUAAAAUUCAGAAGAAACAGAAUAGGUAGGAAAUGUUUUUUAUUGUGUCAACUUGACUUACAGAAUUAUGUACAAUGGAUGGAUUAAAGACAUUUAAUAUUUGUAGUUCAUACUAACUGUAGAAAUGGCCCUGAAGCAUGCUGCAUAAUUAAUAAUUUAUAUUUUCAUUAUCAUCAAUGUUUAUAGUAAUGAUCUUGCAUUUGACUCUCAAAUUAGUCACCAUUUCAUAGCAACAGUAUUAUUUUUUUUGUUUUUCUUCUUUAACUUCCCUAAAAUUAUUUCCUUUAAUAGAAAUUCUAAUUAGAAGAUAAUCAAAGGUUUCUGUCAUUUUCCCCACAUAUGUCAGUUAUUUUAUCCAUACUAGAUGGAGGUCACAUGCUGACUCCUUGGAUACCUAUGAUUACAAAAAAUGUGACAGAUCAAUAUUUUACCUUUAGUUCAAAAUAAUGUCACUGCAGACUGGAUAGGGUAUAAUAAGUUUACUUAUUUGAAAUAAAAUCUCUGAAAAAGAUUAAGCAUAUUUAAAUGCUGUUAGAGUGCAGAGCAACAGGGCUGAGUGUUCUCACACCUAAGUUAAUGUACACGUUUAGAUGACGGUUUUCCUUGCCAAUGUAUUAAUGUUAACAUUUUCAUUUUUUUCAGACAUACUGCAAUUUAAAAUUUGUGUAAGCAUUUGUUGUAAAUUCACAGAAAACUUAAUGUUCAAAUUCUCAGGAAUUAAGGACUAACCAUAACAUUGUCAAUUCUAAUUAGAUUUUAUAAAAGAUGGUAAGUUUGUUAUCUCCCUUAAGUGGGGGCUUUCCUCUCCCCCAGUUCUAAGAGAAUACAAUAUGUAUAAUAGAACAUUAAUAAAUGCAAUUUCCAAAAUUUACUUCCUUUGGAUGUUUGUUCAGAAUUGAAUGUCUUAAACCAGUAGUUCUUACUCUUUCUGGAGUUCCCUUUAAUAGUAUGUGGAAAUGUCUUUUAAACAAAUACUUGCAUGCAUGUAGGCAAGAAAUUUCAAGUAUAAAAUUGACAUUGGCUCCUCUGUGUAGCCCAGGUGAACUUUUUGUUUUCUUUCCUUUUUAUAUUUUUAAUCUUUCUGUUGCUUGCUGUUUUCAAAUGAAAGAACCCAAAUGAAUGUGUAAUUUUAAAUCUUACUCCUGGGGAGGGAUCAUUAAUCUGUGGUGCUGUAGUGCCAUUUGCAGUCAUGACUUGGACUGGACAGUAUAAUAAAGAAGAGCAUUCUAAA